CGACCUCCAAGGCGCUUCUGGGCUUUGUUUGGACUACGGAACAUGAGCCUUGCAAGCUUAAGCGGGAAGGACCCAAAUGCUUCCAGCGCUCCGUCAGCGCUCCGAAGCAUAACGAGGUCCGUCGACAGAAACGGCCAUAGGUACGCGGACGGCAAUGAAAUGGUUCUUGCAAAGGAGCAGAAUCCUAAUGGAUCACGCAUUGCAACCCUCUCCAACAAGAUGGUGUCAUUUCCUAGCUUCAUCUCAGACAACGGGACUAUGACCAUAAGCACUCCCGUGAGGUUCGGUCCAUGGGGCGGCACCGGCGGCACCAUAUUCGACGACGGCAUAUUCACCGGCGUCCGGCAGAUCAACAUCACGCGGGGGCUGGGAAUAUCCUCCAUGAAGGUCCUCUACGACCGCAACGGGCAGGCGAUCUGGGGCGACAAGCGCGGCUCCAGCGGGGCGGCUAGACCCGAAAAGAUCAUAUUCGACUUCCCGACGGAGAUCCUGACCCACGUCACCGGGUACUUCGGGCCGACGAUGAUCAUGGGCCCGACGGCGAUCAAGUCCAUCACCUUCCACACGACGAAGAAGAGCCAUGGGCCGUUCGGGGACGAGACCGGCACCUUCUUCUCCAGCUGCCUGACGGAAGGGAGGAUCGUGGGGUUCCACGGCAGGGGAGCGUGGUACGUCGACAGCAUCGGGGUCCAUGUCCUGGAAGGCAAGGUGCUGUCGGAGAAAUCCGCCGGCACGACCCCGUUGGGCGACAUGCUUGCGUUGCCCAUGAGGGAGAUCGGGGACGAGGUUACGUACGGCGUGGUGAAAGAACCGAUACCGAUAGGGCCCGGGCCGUGGGGAGGGGAGGGAGGCAAGCCGUGGGACGAUGGCGUCUACACGGGCAUCAAGCAGAUCUACGUAACCAGAGACGAUUUCAUCGCCUCCAUACAGAUCGAGUACGACAGGAGCGGGCAGUCCGUGUGGUCUACCAGGCACGGCAACGGCGGCCAGAUCACGCACAGGAUCAAGCUGGACUACCCGCACGAGGUGCUGACCUGCGUAUACGGCUACUACAACACCUGCGUGGGGGAAGGGCCCAGGGUUCUGAGGUCGAUCACCGUCGUCAGCAGCCGGGGCAAGUACGGGCCGUUCGGCGACGAGGUCGGGACCUACUUCACCUCCGCCACGACGCAGGGGAAGGUGGUCGGCUUCCACGGCCGGAGCGCCAUGUACCUGGACGCCAUCGGGGUGCACAUGCAGCACUGGCUGGGAGACAGGAACACCGCCAUUGCCGCCAGACCUAAGGCCAGCUCCAUUCCCAAGAUCGUCGGCCCAAACCCCAAGAGUACUGGUUCGGAUAAUCCCAGGGCUGGGUCUGGUACCAAGUACUAUGUCUCCAGGUAUCUCUUUUGAUUUUGCCGCACCUACCGGUGGCGCCAAGACUGUUUUCCGGGCAGGUCCUGCUCCGCCUCCGAUCCAGGCGCAAGUUCAGUUUGCAGGAGAGUGUUUUUGCUUCUUUUUUCUGUUUCAUUUGUUACUCGUGGAUGGUGCUGUGAACGUGUGGUGUGUUAUCUUGUAUCGAAAGCAGAGUUUAUACAACCGGGAACGGAGUAUCAGAAUCACAA